AUGGCGGACGAAGAAGAGCGAUCUUCAUCGGACGAAAGUUUGGACGCGCGAGGUGAUAAAUUUGACCCAGUAAAAGCCCUUUAUUCCCUAAAAGUAAAAAUUCCAGUUGAAAGUGCCCCCAUUUUUGAUAAUUUAGGAAAAUUUGAGUCAAAAUUAAAGGGCACCGCCGCCACAGUUGAAGAAGGAGAAUGCUCGACACGCAAAUUUUUGCCCCACCAAGGAUUGGUGCAGGGUAAAAAAAAAGAGGAAAGAUACGAUAUUAUGGGGCGAAGGAAUAUCCUCACAAAAAUGGAGUCUUACCGAGUGUACAAAGACGAUAAAUAUAAAAAAUCACUCGGUCCUCUACAAGUCCUUUAUAUGUGCAUGCAGAAGAAAACAAGGGUCAAGGUCUACACGAGAAAUAUGAAUACCAUAAGAGGUUUUGUCGAGGCUUACGUGGUUGCAUUUGACAAACAUUGGAACCUCGCACUCGAAGACUGUUUUGAAACCUGGACGAGAAAAAUUAAACGAAAAGCUCCUGCUUUAGGUCCUUCGAUGAAGGUAGAAAGGGAUGAGGGCUCUCCCAAAGUUGUAGUGAAGGAAUCGAAUGGAAAAACGGAAACCUUGGAAAGACACGUGCCACAAUUAAUGCUAAGAGGAGAGCAGAUUGCCAUUAUCGUCAAAAUCAAUUGAGCCACAAAAUAAAAAUAAAUUUAGCACUUCCUACCCUAAGCUUAAACACUCAUAUGCAAACAUUGUGAUACAUUAAGUAUCGAAAAGAAAAUCAGCUGUAAGAUAAGCUUUUCCCCCAAAUAUAAUUUCUUUUUGUAAAAUACACUAUUU